UCACGGACAUCACACAGGGGAGCGUGUUAGCUCCUUUGCCCCAGGAUUUUCUGUGACCUACAGCUGUGAACCUGGUUACUUGCUUCUUGGCGAAAAGACCAUUCGCUGUUUGUCUUCAGGAGUCUGGAGUGCUGUCACUCCCACGUGUAAAGAGGCACUGUGUGAACCUCCAGGACAGCUUCUCAAUGGGCAGGUAAAGAGGCCCACAAAUUUUUGGGUUGGUGUAACUGUGGACUUUUCGUGUAAUGAAGGGUACCGGUUAAGUGAGGGUGUUUAUCAGCUGUGUCAAGGCACAAUUCCUUGGUUUAUGGAGAUUCGUCUUUGUAAAGAAAUCACCUGCCCACCACCCCCUGUUAUCUACAAUGGAGCACACACAGGGAGUUCCUCAGAAGAUGUUCUAUAUGGAACCACAGUCACGUACACAUGUAACCCCGGGCCAGAGAGAGAAGUGGAUUUCAUCCUCACUGGGGAGAGCACCAUCCGUUGUACAAGCAAUGAUCAAGAGACAGGCAUCUGGAGUGGCCCUGCUCCUCUCUGUAAACUCUCCCUCCCUGCUGUUCAGUGCUCACAUGUCCACAUUGCAAAUGGAUACAAGAUGUUUGGCAAGGAAGCCCCGUAUUUCUACAAUGACACUGUGACAUUCAAGUGUGAUAAUGGAUUUACUUUGAAUGGCAGAAGUCAGGUUCGUUGCAAAGCCAAUAACAUCUGGGAUCCUGAAUUACCAGUUUGUGAAAAAGGUAAAAACCCUAUGGGGAGCAAUAUCAAGUAUCAACUUGUUUGUUCUUGUUUAUUAUCACUCACUGAAAGCUAGAGUCAUGGAAAAAGGCAAGGGGGCAUAGAUUACUGUCCCAUUUCUUCCAUUGUUUAAUGGAAUAUUCUGUGUGUUGUUGUAUAUGUUCUUUG